AUGUCCAGACGCAAGAGAUCCAGACCUGAAAAAAUUGCUCAAGAUCCAGUUUCCACUGAUCCAAUUGUCAGAAACGUGCUCUCCCAGCCCAAGAAAGUUCCUUUUGUCAGACCACCAUCAGGGACUGCUCUCCGUUUAUGGAAGCAGAAAAUCGACCGUGACCCUUUACCGGAGGUUAGAAUGGAGUUUUACCGGACGAUGAGCGAAUACAUCAAGAUUGAGGAAUCAAGACUUGAACCAAUCGGGUGGGGACCGGAAGACCUACAGACCCGCAAUAUCGUCUACGCCUUCAUUGAAUUAACAGGAGCAUGGAGGUAUGGGCAUCGUGUGCCCAGAAAAGAAUUUAUAGAUGUUGCAAGACGUGUCUAUCACUGUACCGGAAGACUUCUUUCAGAUAAUGAACUGAUAAAACGAAUUGAAAAGGAAGAUGACAUUCGAUUCGACGAUGAAGAGAGCAAUGCUGGUUCUGAUGAUGAUAAAACUGCACCUGUCGUCGCCCCGGAACAUCAAGAAAGUGAAGGAUUCCGCUCCACCAACAAAAUGAAUGCUGCUCCACCAAUGACAUUCAAAUUUGCUCCACCAACAACUUUUGAAUUUGAUCCAUCAACGGUCUCUCAAUUUUCUCCACCAACAACGAUUAAAUUUGCACCACCAACUACCUUCGAAUCACAUUAA